CCGGCAUCAUCGUCGUCAUCCAGCGCCAAUAGUAGUAUAGCAUUAUAAAAGUAGUAUAGAGUCAGUCCUCCGAUGCGCGUCCUCGGCGAAGCUACAAGAUGACGGCGGUGUCGACGACGCUAGCCGGUACCGCGACACCUGCAGCGCUGGCUUCGUCAGCGGCCAGUGGUGCUGCUGCCACUGCGAACAACAACAUCAAUUCCUCGACGACGACGAGCAACAACAGUAUGUGCGCGAUCACGAAUAACGGCACGACGACGACGACGACGGACACGACGCAGUCGAACGGCAACAACAGCAGCGUCGUCCAGACUGGUGCCAACGGCCAGAAAAAUGCGACGGCUGCUGCUGCUGCUGCGGAUCCCCAGGAGAUCAAUCGUCUCGUCAAUCGGGACAAUCUCGUCAAGAUCGAAAGUUUCUUGAACGACUCCGCUUACAUGGAGGCCAUUGAGAACUCGGCUUCGUACAACAGUCGUCUGUGCAGAGAACGCCGUUUACGCAUGCCUUUCCUCGACUCGCAGACAGGAGUCGCUCAAAAUCACUCGAAUCUCUUCAUGUCGUCGCGGGAGCGUCUGCCGGGCUUACAGCACGGCCAACUGUACACAUACCCAAGCAAAAGAUGGAGGAAAAAGAGAAGACAGUAUCUCAUGAAUUACUUUCAUCCGAAGAGGCCGAUUCGAGGCGAGAUCGAGAUCGACGGGAUCGGCAUCGACGGUACCGAUUCGAAUACCGUUCCAGGAAUUAACGACGACAGUAAAGAUUCGUUGGCUCUGAAAGAUGAGCACAGUAAAGAUGCUUGGUUCUACGACGAACAAGACAUGUUGGAUAUCGAUCCUUACGAAGAGCCAGAUCCAGACAGCGACUUUGACUAUGAAGAGAGCUACAGUAGCAAAAGGAAACGAAGGAAACCAAGAGGAGGUGGUCAUCAUCCGGGUAGAAGUCAUCCUACUUCCAGCGACACACCAACAGGAAAAAGAACAAAAGGUGGUGGUCGCGGACGUAAAAAAGCAAACUAUGAUCCCAGUGAUUCUGAUAAGCCGUUCGUUUGUGACCCUAUGGGUGCCAGCUCGACCAGCCUCGGCAUCAAGGACACGGCGGAUCAGCGCAGCAUGUCACCGGCCCUAGGACAGAACAACGGCGCCAUGUCCGGCAGCGGUAUCGUCGGUGGUACCGGCUUACCGCCGACCAGCGCAGGCUCGCCGAAGCCCGUCCUACUGCCGGACGGCACGCCCAUGCCGCUGCAACCCGGUCAGCAAGGCGCACAGGCAACGCCGCCGACAGGGCAACAGUCGGGCGCCGCGACGACGACGAUGACGCCGCAGCAACAGCAGCUCCAUCAGGGCAAUCAUCAUCACGCCGGCGGCGCCGAAGCCAGCAAGAAGGGCAAGGGUCCGGCCCAGCCGUCGCCCUACUGCGACUUCUGCCUCGGCGACGCGCGCGAGAACAAGAAGACCGGCGGCUCCGAGGAGCUCGUUUCCUGCAGCGACUGCGGCCGAUCAGGUCACCCGACGUGCUUACAAUUCACCGCUAACAUGAUCGUUUCGGUGCGCAAAUACAGAUGGCAGUGCAUCGAGUGCAAGUGCUGCUCGAUGUGUGGGACGUCCGACAAUGACGAUCAACUGUUGUUCUGCGACGAUUGCGAUCGAGGUUACCACAUGUACUGUCUCAAUCCGCCGCUCACUUCUCCGCCCGAGGGCUCUUGGUCUUGUAGACUGUGCAUCGCCGAGUUCCAUCAGGCCAAGUAACCAACGGAGCGGAAGGAUCCGCAAAGCGACACGGCGUAUUCAGAGAGUUUACAGCUGCUCCGGGAUCUUCUGAAGUUUCCUUUAUCCACUGUAUCGAGCCGAUCGCGGCGACGACGCGCUCCUGUAUAUGAAGCUAUUUUUUUAUUUUUUUCAUUAGGAAUCUAAUAACGAUAACGAUGACACGGCAACGACUAGAUUACGAAAAAUGCAUGAAUAUAUAAAUAUAGUCGAUAGAUUUUCCGCAAGAGCGCGAUCUUUUCUAUAUGAUCAACUUUUUUCGACUUCUUUUUUUCACUUUUUUUUUCUUUCAAUUUGUAUACAGCAAUGUAAAAUUUACCUGUAUUUAAUUUAAAAUUCAAAGGUGCUCUGCGGUAUGUAUAGUUUUAAAGUGAUUCGUUCAUGAAUGUAGAAUUUAUCUGUAAAGUUUGUUAGCCCAAACGCUUGAAUCAUCACAUUUUCAAUUGUUCGAAUUGGAUAUAUUAUAUUGCGAACGAUAUAGUGACGAAUCGACAACGAUUAUACGCUUAACAGUACCCGUUUUUUUUUCUAAGCCAACAUAAUAAUAAUUCAGGUCACGCAGAAGUGUGAUUUUUAAAUUAUAAAAAUGAAUGGAUAAAACUCUCGCACAAAUGUCAUAAUGAUCUCAGAUAUAAGUGUAUCGUUCGCGCGCUUGUGACUACUUUUAUCAAUGUAUAACUCGACCUUGAUUGUAAAUGUUUAAUGUACGAAUUUAUACCGAAUUCUUUUUUACUCAAUGAUGAAUUGCAGCUUGAACAUUGAUUUUUUUUAGAUAUUUAUGGAACGUGAACAUAUUUUUUAUAUUACUCUUAGUCGUGCGCAGUUUUGAAAAUCAACCUUGUGAUUUUUUGUUUGUUUUAGUGUCGAUGUAUCAUAAUAAUUUAUUUUUUCUUGAAAUUGAAUAAUGGAUUUACUUUUGAAAGAUUUUUUUGGAAAAUUCGUUUAUUGUCGACGAAUGUUGUUUAAUAGAGGGACAAGUGGAAACAACUACACUAAAAAAAUAGUUUAGAUAGUAUUAUAAAAGGUUCAUUCAAACAAAAUGAGUAUAUUUUGUUAUAUCCAACAAAUUUUUUUCUUUGGAACAAUAAAUUAUUCAUUUAAAGCAAUGAAAUAUUUAUUUUAAUUUACUAAUUAUGUAGAUUCAAACAAAUAUCUGAUUUAAGUAAAUGAACUAUAAAUACUACUACAUUUUUUUUAGUGUACGUUAUUAUUCCGCCGGUAAGCAAGUAAAACACUUGUAAUUAAAUGCAUACGAUUCUUAUUUCUUGUUAAGUAAGAUAUCUGUCCUUACCAUUUGUAAAUUAUUGUAAUUAUAAGUGUAUUAUGUUGACAAUAUUCAUAGGGAUGUAUCGUUAAGUUAACCAAUUGAUAAAAUCAUCGAAAACUUAGAGGUAAAAACCUCGGUCCAGACAUCAUUUGUGGCUUUUACUAUGACUUGAAAUUCAAAAAAUUAUAGUGUAAAAUUUAAUAGCUAUGAUUUUCAUACAUAUUCAUUAAAAAAAAAAAAUUCUCGUUUUCGAUGAACUUGAAUGUAUGUAAAAUCGCAUCUGAGAAUAUCACAAAUAUAUGAGAUUUAAAUUUCAGUUUAACUGAAGAAAAAAAGUAUUAUAAAAUUCAAAUUGAACAUUGUGUCCUCGUUGAAAGUGAUUUUUUUGUUAUUAAUUCAUUUUGCUGCUCUAUUGAGUUUACAUUUUUGUGAUGAUUCUCAACGAUUUUUUGUUUGUUUGUAAUAAUUGUAGUUAAUUCCUAGGAUUAUUCGUACCUUAGUGGAAUAUAAUUUUGCCUUUAAAUCUAAAGAUACUCAAAAGAUCGAAGUCCUGUUCAGAUUGACAAAAAGCAAAAACCGAUUGCAUUGAUUUUUAAUAAGCGAGGAUUCGAAUGUUGGUUAAAAAAAAGUUCCAAUGCAGUCCGAAUACAUCCUUUGGUUGUUGUGUGUUGUAAACGCAGUAUUUUUUUAACACAAAAUCCUAUUUUAUACGGAAACGAUUGUGUCACGUACUUAAUUAUUAUUUUUAAAAUCUUUUACUACUGUGGUGAUAUAUAUAAAGAAGAAACAAAUAAACAAACAAACGGAGGAAUUAAAAGAAUGGCGAACUUUUGAUUUUUUAUUAUUAUUAAUCAUUAUUAUUUUUUAAACACUUUUUCUAGCGUGUAAUCGAGCAUGUUUGCAUAUUAUAGGACGUAAAAUUCUGAUAUAGCGUAACGUGUAAUUGUAAAAUAACUUACCGCAGCUAAUAAGAUUUUAUUAUUAUUAAC